AUGGGCUCAUUGGACAUUGCUGGGGGGUGGCCGAAAGGCGCCCUGCCUCCGAUUGCGGACAUCAUCAACAAACCGGUGGACGCGCCGCGGCCCAUCAAGGUGAUAAUGUUUGGCGCAGGGCUGGCUGGUGUCAUGGGAGGUAUAUUGAUCCCCAGAACCAUCAGAAACCUGGAGUUGGUCAUUUAUGACAAGAAUCCGAGUCUUGGAGGAGUAUGGUAUGAGAACAAAUAUCCCGGAGUUGCAUGCGACGUUCCAUCCCACGUUUACCAGUUCACCUUCGAAAACAACACCCAAUGGAGCAGUUAUUAUGCCCCAGGGCCAGAAAUCCUGAAAUACCUCCAGUGUACCGCGGACAAAUAUGGCGCAACCAGACACAUGAAGUUGCAACACAAGAUUCUAAAGGCCAAGUGGCACGAGAGUGAGGGAAAGUGGCAUGUCGAUGUCCAGAAUUUGGUGACUGGCGAGAUCUUUACCGACAAAUCGGACGCCAUUAUCACGGGACUAGGCAACCUCAAUGUAUGGAAGCUUCCCGAUAUCCCUGGACUACAGUCAUUCAAGGGCAAGAUUAUGCACUCCGCCGGCUGGGACACAUCAUACGACUACACGGAUAAGAAAGUUGCGCUCAUCGGCGCUGGCUCGAGUGGCAUCCAGAUUCUGCCCAAUAUUCUGCCAAAGGUAAAACAUGUCGACCAUUAUAUGAAGAGCCGAACUUGGAUCACUCCAGGAGGAAUUGGCUCGGAAGGAUUGCUUGACAGAGACAUGAAACCCCAAACCCCAACCGAGGAUCUGGAAAAAUUCCGAAAGCAUCCUGAAGAAUACCUCAAGUACCGGCAUAAAGUCGAAGAAAUCAUGAACAAGCCGGUCCCAGCUUUCUUUGACGGCACCCCUGCAGCUGCCGCAAUCCGCCAGCUUUGUGCCGACCAUAUGAAGAAAAAGCUCGGGAAGAAGCCAGAAGUAUACGAAUCUCUAUUGCCAGAUUUCCCUCCUGGCUGCAGAAGAUUAACCCCUGGACCCGGGUAUCUGGAGGCCCUUUGCGAGGACAACGUGAAUUUUAUUCCCACCAAGAUUGAGCGAGUCAACGAGACUGGUAUCCAAACAGUUGAUGGAGUGCAGCGUGAUGUGGAUUUGAUUAUCUGCGCAACAGGGUUUGAUGACACAUACAAGGUUCACAUUCCCACGUACGGUCUAGACGGCAUUCGUCUGGAAGAUGUUUGGGAAGAAGUCCCCGAAGCGUAUCUAUCAGUCUGUCCUCGAAAGAUGCCGAAUUAUUUCAUCAUGGGCGGUCCGAACGGUGGCCCCGGUCAAGGUUCAGCGUUGCCCUUUCUGGAGAACGAAAUGCGGUAUAUUAUCUCUUGCAUCGAGAAGAUUCAGAGAGAGUACAUUAAGUGGAUGGUUCCAAAGGAUUCCGCCGUCAAGAGCUUUGGCAAGCUCGUAGACAAAUACUUUAAGCCCACGGUGUUUGCUGUGCCUUGUAAUGCUUGGUGGAAAAACAAGAGAGAUCCACAUGGGCGUCUUCUCCCAUUGUGGCCAGGUACCUCGACCCAUGGCUCCUACGUCUUCAAGCACCCUCGGUGGGAAGACUUCGAAUACAAGCUGCGAGAGGAGACCGACGACAAUCCACUGGCUUGGAUCGGAAAUGGAUUCACUGAGAAACAAGUGAAUGGAGAAUUUACGUCAGGCUAUCUCGACGAAGCGUAUGUUCCAGUGGAAAUUCCGUGGGAGAAGAAGGCGUCUGUGGAGAUGAAUGGACACUCUCACACGAAUGGUGUUGGGGCAUGA